GGGCCAUGAAGCUGCGGCGGGGCGCGCUGCGGGCGGCGCUGGCGCUGCUGCCGCUGCUCGGGCCGGCGGCCGCCGUGGAGCCCAUCAGCCUGGGGCUGGCCAUCGCGGGCGCCGCCGCGUCCGCGCUCACCGGUUUCAUCUCCUACCCGCGGCUCUACUGCUACUUCAAGGAGUGCUGCCUGCAGCGGCCCGAGCAGCGAGCCGCCGCCGCUCUGCAGGAGAACUUGGACAAGAAGCUGUUCGGGCAGCACCUGGUGAACAAGGUGGUUGUAAAGGCUGUGAAGGGCUUCUUGAACAACACCAACACCAAGAAGCCUCUUGCCCUUUCCUUGCACGGGUGGACUGGAACAGGCAAAAACUUUGUCAGUAAGAUAGUCGCCGAGAGCAUUUAUAAAAGAGGUCUGGAGAGUAAAUAUGUCCAUCAGUUCGUGGCAACUUUACACUUUCCUCAUGCUCACAGCAUCAAUCUCUACAAGGACCAGUUGCAGUCGUGGAUUAGGGGAAACGUGAGCAUCUGCCCCAGAUCACUCUUCAUAUUUGAUGAAAUGGAUAAAAUGCAUGCAGGGCUCAUUGAUGCCAUCAAGCCAUUCCUGGACUACUAUGAGCUCCUGGAUGGGGUGUCUUACCGACAAGCCAUCUUCAUAUUCCUCAGCAAUGCAGGAGCUGAAAAGAUAACAGAGGUGGCACUAGACUUCUGGAGAAAUGGGAAGACAAGGGAAGAUAUACAGCUCACAGAUAUCCAAAAUGCACUGUCUGUGUCUGUCUUCAAUAACAAAAAUAGUGGGUUUUGGCACAGCACCUUGAUUGAUAGAAAUCUCAUUGACUACUUUGUUCCCUUCCUGCCUCUGGAAUACAAACAUGUGAAGAUGUGUGUCAGGGUGGAGAUCGAGUCGCGUGGCUACGCUGUGGAUGAGGAGAUUUUAACCAGAAUAGCUGAUGAGAUGACCUAUUUCCCCAGAGAGGAGAGAAUUUAUUCAGAUAAAGGGUGUAAAACUGUGGAUGCCAAGCUGGAUUAUUAUUAUGACUUUUAAAACACUUCAUUGCUAGAACCCACAAAGAAGGAAAUUUAACUUAAUCACAAAGUGGAGAACCUGGGACAUUUCAUUUUUAAGCACUUUUUAAAGGAAGGAACGUUAUUUUUCAACUGGUGUGUAAAGAAGCAGCAGUGCCUCUGCAUUUUCCUUCUGCCACUCAUCAUGGCUCCCAAAUACCUCACCCUUGUGUUGUUAAAGAAACUGUGUCCUGAUUGUGGGGGGCCUGUGUCUGGCAGAGCUGAAGAUUCCUCUUGGAUCAUGUUAUGAUCAAUCAUUUGGCAGCCUGUUGGCAGGUACAGAAGGACUGAGGCUGUGACCUCAUUUCACUUGGGUUUCAGUUCAAUGUGGAUGAUCUGUAGACAAUAGUGAGCAUUUGAAUCAAGGUAUUCCUGUCUUCUGUGUCUUUUGUCCUUGAACAGCUCAGCUCUUGCAAAGGUAAUGGGAACUGUGUAAUGAGAAAAAAGCCAGAGUCUUCUACUCAGCAUCAUGCAGAACCAGAGUCUUUCUCAAAGCAGUAGUAUCAUUUGGCCUCUUGAAUGUCAAACUAAGCAGAUGAAACUCUGGUGUGAGUACUGUUCAGUGGGUGGACUUAAUAUUACGAGUUAAAAUCUUUGGCUGCCAUGUCAGUGUGGUUGGUUCCUAUUCUUGGUUAGUGUUUUAUGGAUAAAGUUGCUCUCCCAGGAGGGGGAGAUGUGCUUUGUGACUGGUGAAUCAGCUUCACAGAAAGGGUGUCACUUCAUGGGAACAGGUUAAGUUGGUUUUUUUCACCAAGGAAAAGGAAAAGUGGGUUCUGCUCUUCACCUCCAUGUAGAAAUCAGGGGCCAACGUGCAGAGUUUUCCCUUUUUCAUCUUCUCACAAUACCAUAUGCCUUUAGGGUCAGGAUAGAGAUGGAUCCAAAGGGGGUUGGGGGGAGGGGAAUGUGAAAUGUGUCAACUGGGGUUACUGUGAAGAGUGUCAGACUUGUUUCUCAAUGUGAGCACUGCAGAGGCUUUUUUCACUCCAGUUUCUAUUCAAAAUAAACUUUUCUCAUCGAAAUGGAUUCCUUGGCUACCUUCUGGUGUCCUGUGCAUUGAGUUAUUUGAUGUUCAUUCUGCAGAAGCUUCUCCUGUUGAGGAAGAACACACUGUGUGUCUGUGAAGCAUUCAGCUGUGCUUAAAUACUGCAUCUCCCUUCUUGAGUAUAUGAGAUGGGACUCUGCUACCUGGUUAAACAAAUGAAGUUUGGAGUGAAAAUGCACUUCUAGACCAUCACUAUUAACACACUUGUGUGUUUUUUGGAGAGGCAGGAUUUGAAGAUGUAUAUGUGCUCAACAGUAUCAUAAGGAUGGACUUGUCUUCUAGAGACUAGGUGCAACCAGCUUGCCAGCUCCUCCUCCUGCUGUGGCACCUCUGUCUGAACACCCUGCAGGCUCUGACUGAAGCCAUUUAUGUUUUCAGUGGCAGCAUCUUGAACUUUUCUCUGCAAGGGGAAGAAAAAAGAUAGGGGGCCAGGAAGACUCCAACUGCCCAGUUCUGCUCAGAAGUUGUGCAAUAUGCAAAUUGUCAGUUGGCAAAGGAGUGCUUUGAACUCUGGUGUUUAUCUGUUUCUUUGACCUUCUGAUUAUAGCAAAGGACUGGCUAAUGGAAAAAAAAGCAGCCAUGAAAAUGAUCAACUUUUACUACUGCUGGUGUCUUCUCAGCAAGAGAAAGUUCAUGGACCUACUGCUGUGACUCCUCCAGCACUCAGUACUCCCAGUUCUGCUUUGUAUGCUGUUGGAACACGGCUGAUAGCAUUUGA